AUGAAAGACGGUGAAGUGCCCAUGCUGUUCCGGAGCAGGGCCGCACGAGCGAAACGCCACAGCGCGUCGCAGCUGGUGCCUUACCUGGAGAAUGGAGAGGCCACCCAGCGGAGGCAGCGGAGACACCAUGGGCUGAACUGCCCUGAUCUAAAGAUCCAAGACAUUCUGAACAAAGACAUCAAUGAACGCUCCAUCUCACCCUGGAGAUAUCGCCUUGAUGAAAAUGAGGACCGCUAUCCACGCCAAUUGGCCUUUGCAGAGUGUCUCUGUGGAGGAUGCAUUGACGGCAAGACAGGCCGAGAGACCACCUCACUCAACUCUGUGCCCGUGGUCCAGAAGAUGGUGGUGCUGUACCGCAAGCCAUGCCAACACGACAGUGAGACCCCUGGCUUUACCUUUGAGGUGAAGGACAUUCUUGUGCCUGUGGCCUGUGCCUGCGUCCUGCCCCGGUCCAGCAGCUGA